UGGAGGAAGCAUCACGCUCAAAAUGAAAGGCCUCAUAUUGUGUGUUUUUGCCAUCACGAUGCUCACACCUGCUCAAGGUGAGGAAAAGGAGCAGGUAGAGCAGCUCAUGGAGUCAGUGGCAUUCGAAGCAGAGGAGGAGCAUCUGGAGUGCUUCCGCUGUGAUUUAGGCUUCUGGGAUGCCUGCUACACGACUGAAACCAAAUGCAAUCUCGGGGAGCGCUGCUACACAGGCCGUGGGAGAGCAGGUGAUGCUUUGGAUAUAAAGAUGCUCGGGUGUACCCAGGCAGAGGAGUGCGAGGUGGAGACGACCUUUGAGAUCUUUCCAAACAACACCAUCUUUGUGAUGACCAAACACUGUUGCGACACGCCCUUCUGCAACUCAGCAAGCAAACUUUCCAUCUGUGCACUGAUGUAUAUCACAGUGGCUCUAACUACCUGGUUUACUGAAGAAUCAGCAUCAUCAUAAUAAAGUGAACUUGUUUAUUAUUUAUUACAGACUGUGUGAAGUGAUGCUGAAAGGACUUCAACCAUACGGUGAAGAAAAUCUGCCAGAUUUACAGAACUUUUUUAUGAAUGACUAAGAAGACAUUGGAUAAUUAUAGCAUAAAAGAUAAUUUAUUAUAUAUUAUAGAAACGCUGUUUGGUGUUACAUUUCAUAUUUUUGAAGUGUGAAUA